UUUUCAGACUCUUCCGUAAAUCAUCUCCUGCAUCUUUGAUGGAGAUUUCAAGGGAAUCACAGGUAUCACAGCCGUCUGUCUGUGGGGGAUGAAUUUUCAAUCCGAGUUGUCAGCUGUUGGACCUGUACCUGGAAAUAAAUAAUCAUCAAUUUUACUAAUAUAAUCAUAACUUUCAACCAUUCCAUGUCCAGAAUUUCUCUGUGAAUUCAAUUCAAAAAUGAAGAGAACAUGGAGAAAGAUUCCAAAGAAUAGAAAGGGGACUCCUCGACGCUUUCUUCCUGCUCCUCCUCGCCACUUCCUUCCUGCUCCUCCUCACUCUCAGAGUCAAUCAGUUCUAAAACACAGAUCAGUGAUACAUGAUUUAUUUUGUGAUGAAGAAAAUUGCACAGUCAUAAUUUUCAUUAUAUUUGAACAUAUCAGGAAGAUUGAAAUAUGAAAUUCUGCAACUUUUGCCUUAAAUCUGUCUGCAUUUAACAAUUGGUAACUCCAUGGACAUGUCAGCAGCGCAGUAGAGGAGGCAGACAUUGAAACAUUGAAAGGUGAAGCGCAUCACUAUCCAUGGAAGGGUUUGGUUUGUGAUACUAGUACGCUACCUUUAUCUUGCUGGUUCUGCUCUACUGUUGGUUUUGGAGCUGGAACAAAAGAUUAUUUUUCAGUGGUUGACAUUUUCAGACAUGGAUUUUGGAGCUGGAACAAAGAACGAUUUGGCCGUAGUUAAUUGAAGAAAACCAAACAGCUUAAAAGGAGAGCAAAAUAUUUUAUAGAUUUUAACUUUGCUGUCACACAGAGGUCCGUGAUCAAGAUUCUUUGAGGAGGUAGUAAGCAUCUAGCAAUGCAAUCUCCAUACUCUUUGAUGGUAAUUAUGAGUGGAAGCCUCACUAUUUCAAAGACCGAUUCUCAGUGGUUGACAAUUCUGUGGCCUUAAACCUGGAACAAAAGGAUUUGUUGUGAUUAAUGCAAAAUGGCUAAGCAUUUUUUUUCUUUGCUUUUUAAUAUUAUAGCCUUAGGACCAAGUCUUUGAAUUGGAAUCGAUUUCAAACAAAGCACAGCAUAGGAAUCAUGAUCACAUUUUAAGGAUGAGUGCUGAAGAGGCCAUAUUUUACAAAGCUCGUUGUAGGGAAAUGAAGAAAACACUGUUGGACUGCCGCAGAACAUUAAAAAUUGCAUUUCGGAACGUUGACAAUGUUUUGAAGUCACUGCAUGACCUGGACCUCGAGGAAACUUUUGAUGAAGAGGUAGAGAUGAAAAAUGCAGCCAAAAGAGAGCCAAGGAUUGAGCCAGUGCAAGAUGAGUUGCCAGUGCAGGAUGAGUUGGAGUCUGAGGCAAUGCCUAUUACAAACCCAGGGGCCACAUCAACCCCUGUUAAAGAGGACGGGCACAUCUGUAGGCUGCCUAGAUGUGAAAUCCAUCAACCCUUCAGGGCAAAAGUACGCGAGGCUGCUAAAUUAACUGAGGCUGAGCGGCAGAUGUGGUCGAGAGAGCCAGCCUAUACUCCUCCAGGUUAUUGGAACUUAGAAAUUUAA